UAUGGACAAUUAAAUUAAAUCGGUUUGGUUUAAAAAUGAUCGGUUUAUGGCCAACAGAUGAAAUAGUUAAGGAUGACUACAUGUCUGAUCUUCGCAUUGUUAUCAGUUUUAUUAUAAUAACGUUCAUCUCUGGGAUCCCACUUGUUAGUUCUCUUAUAAAAGUUAGACAUAAUAUGAUACUUGUGAUGGAUAAUUUACAAGUUACGUUACCCUUAACGGUAGUUUCGUUGAAACUCGUUAUAAUGCGAUGGAAGCGGACAGCUCUCUUACAUAUCAUAAAGAUGAUGGAGGAAGAUUGGAUAACAUUGAAGCUAAACGCAGAAAGGAAUGUGAUGAUGAAGCGAGCGCGGACUGCUCGCAUGAUCGUAAUUUGCGGAUAUGUUAUGAUGAUAUUGGCCUACAUCAUAGUCAUUGUUUUUCCUUUGUUUGAUGUAUCAUUCAGACACUUAACAAAUCUCACAGAUCGAAACAAACCGUUACCACUUCAAACUUAUUAUUUCUAUGACACUGAUAAGAGUCCGCAAUUUGAAAUCACGUUUAUCAUUCAAGCUCUAACAAUUUUCUUAUCAGCUAUUAUUUAUACGUCGGUAGACGCUUUUCUUGGACUUGCAAUUCUUCACAUUUGCGGCCAAUUGGAAAAUUUCAGACGUCGAUUGGUCAACUUAGUCUCAUGCAAAGAUUUUAAUAGUACUUUACGAAAUAAUGUAGUUACUCAUCUACGACUCAUCAGGUUUAUUGCAGGUUUUAAUUAUGAAAUAGAAUGCAUCAACGCACAUAAUAAAGUUCAGCAACUUGUGGAAGAUUUUAAACUAGUAUUUAUUUGAAUUUCAUAUUUACUU